AUGAAAUGCGCUUCCUCACAGCGCCUCUAUGCGGGUAGAUGAUUGUUUCAGUUUUACGUACGAGUGAAUGAGAGCGCUGCUCCUCUGUCAAUACACGCUAUGGCCUCUCUCAGUGAUCAGCUGGAGGAGGUGAGGGUGAAUGCGGAAGGCAGUUUAUCUACUCCAGGUUCUGCCCAGGAGAUGAGGGCAGGGGUGGCAGCCAUGGCCAACAUCCCCCUCCCGCCCUCCAGCAAAUAUUGCUACAUCGCUGCUGAAAGCAUGCUGACGGAGAACAGUAAUGGAAAUAAUAGGAGGGAGUCCCUCAGCCUCCUGCAGAAACUUUCCACCGCUCUUAACAUCUUGGAGAAGUAUGGCUCCAAUCUUACCAACCCCAACAGGCCGAAGUACUGGCGUACAGUAAAGUACAACAAUCCUGUCUUCAGGACCACUGUAGAUUCUAUUCAGGGUGGCAGAGCAGUACUCAACCUGUACGGCUACACCAAUCAGCAGCAAGACGGCUUGAGCUUUCCUGAUGAUGUUGUCCAGCCAGAUGUUGGGAAGGUGGCGUCAGUGACUCUUGAGGUCAUGUGCCUCCGUAUGGAGCUGGACAUGCUAAUCAAGGGUACCCAUCCUUAUCCAGAGUUUUUUGAAAGACUUAUUCCCUCCCUCAGUGUGCAGGAUGAGGGAAUCAGCACAGAUGCAGUUGCCUUCUCUCCUAGUGAAAGUCCAUGGGAAAAACAAACUCCCUCGCCUGCAUCGACUCCUUUUCAGCCUAAAUCUCCAUUCAGUCCAGCCCUCUCUCUCUCUUCUCUAGUGCCCUCUAAACAAACAGAGAACUGCACCAUAUGUGGUAUAUUUCCAGUUUCUGCUCACUGUCCCACCUGUACUCAGCGGCUGUGCAUAGAAUGUGACAGGCUGUAUCACUCCCAUUCAGGGCGUUCCACACACAUUAGGAUUCCUGUGACUUCCUCAAAAGCCACAAAACGGCUCAGCUCAUCACUGUCAGCAUGGCAGUGUUCAUACUGCACUACAGUAAAUACAGUGCAGCAGGUUUUGUGUGAAAACUGUGAUCGACCCCGCCUGUCCUCUGCUGCUCCAUCUUUACAAGAAGAGCCAUCUCAGCCCUCUACAAUAUCUGAGUGGCAAUGUAAAAGCUGCACUGUGGUGAAUGCAGGCAGUAGCAUUCUAUGUGAGGUGUGUGAGCGCCCUCGUCUGGCCACCAGACCUCCUGUCGCACCCUCACGUCCGACCCCCUCUACUGCAGGACUAAUGGACAGCCAGUGGGUUUGCCAGUUUUGUACGUACGUCAACCACACACCAUCACCUGUAUGCGAAAUGUGUUGUCUUUCGAGGUCAGAGCCUGCUCUGUCACCCCCUAAGCCCCUCCCACUCUCAUCAGUCAAGGACGUCACACCGCCUCCAGCCCCACCUAAAGUCAUUCCCACUGAGGACCCUGAUUUCAAAAGGCAAAGACUGAUGAGGGAGGAAGGGCUUAAACUUAUUCAGAUCAUUCGUGCGGGAGAGAAGAAAGGAGUGAGCCCAGAGGAGGUUUACACCAGCAUGUGUGUGUCAGGAAACAGUAAUGUAAUGCCGUAUGACUGGCUGAAAGCAGAGCUACCUCAUGUGCUUGAUGAGAUCUGUGUGAUGGCUACAUCCCGUCAGCAAGAACCCAACACACAAUCAAACUGUUUAGGGGGGAGCAAUGGCCAGGAUGGACAAAAAAGCAAUGCAGUGCCCCUGUCCAGAGCAGAAGCCAAACGGGCCUGGCUGGCAGCAGGGGGAGACAAUGAGAAGGCUGUCAGGCAGGCUCUCAGAGACCGAAGAGUUAAAGUAAAAGAGCUUGGCUCUCUGGGCUUUAAUGAUGUGACCCGCUGUGAAGAAGCCCUGCGGCAGAGUGGAGGGGAUGUGAGGGGGGCUCUCGCUCUGCUGCAGCGCCCUUUACUGGAGCAAUUCCAUCAGCGCAUGUGGAGCGAUGAACCAGAGCCCCCCAUCGACAUCAACCAUCCAGAUAAACAGCAUGUUUGCCGUAGGCUGCUAGCAGUGUUUGAUCUGCCUAGCUGGGGGCGUUGUGAGCUGGUUCUGUCUUUGCUGCGGGACACUACAGCCACAUACACACUGGAGGAUGUGAUUCAGGCCGUGCGUGAAUCACCUGACCGGGACUUCAUUCGCCGUGUGCUGAAUAAGGAAUGCCCCAUCUGCCUGUCAGUUUUUCCCCACAGCAAGGUACUUUGCGUCAGCUCCUUCUAUUGCUCUGUGUGCUGUGGAUGUUUCAAGCAGCAUUUCACCAUAGCGGUGAGGGACAAGCACAUCAGAGACAUGGUGUGUCCUGUCUGCACAGAGCCUGACAUCAACAACCCUGAGCACCUGAACAGCUACUUCUCCACUCUGGAUAUACAGCUCAGGGAUUGUCUCGAACCGGAUGUGUACGAUCUUUUCCACAAGAAGCUGACUGAGCAGGCUCUCAUCAAGGACCCAAAAUUCCUGUGGUGCAGCCAUUGCUCAUAUGGCUUCAUCUACGACGGCGAUCAACUCAAGGUCACCUGUAUGCAGUGCAGGAAAAGCUUCUGUGCUCAAUGCAAAAAACCGUGGGAGCCGCAGCACAUGGGGCUCUCGUGCGAGCAGUUCCAGCUGUGGAAGCGAGAGAAUGACCCCGAGUACCAGAGGCAGGGCUUGGCCGGAUACCUGCGUGACAAUGGGAUCACUUGCCCUAACUGCAGGUUCCAGUAUGCCCUGGCCAGGGGUGGAUGUAUGCACUUCAAUUGUUCCCAGUGCAGGUAUCAGUUCUGCAGUGGAUGCAACAACCCCUUCCACACAGCCUUACUGCAGAAAAAGGGGGUGAACUACAAUACUGACACUGCACCAGGAGCACAGACUGGUGUGUGUGGAGUGAUCGAGCAGAAAGAUGAAGGGCCUCGUCCGACUGAUUCGCCAUGUGGGGCUCAGACUCAGCCAGCCCAGGCAGGACUCUGCGAGAAGCAUUAUCGAGAGUAUCUGGUCAGCCUCAUUAAUGGGCAUUCUAUUGACCCCGCCCACCUUUACACUCUUGAUGAGCUGACCGUGGCCUGCAGGAGAUACCAUGUGGACGUCAGACAGGGGGACGGAGAAGACGAGAGAGCAUACUUUGCUAGACUGCUUAAGAAACUCAUGGAUGACGUGCCUCUGGGUGACAAGGUCCCUCGCAAGAAGUGAAAACUUUUUUUUACCAUGAUCAUUUAACCUCUAUGGACUAUUUUAACUGUAGCUCUUCUUUAUGAUAUGAGCUGCGAGGCCGACGGAAUGUUAAACACAGUGCUUCCCUGUUCUCAAUGUGAUGUAGUUUCACACAUUUGCACAAUGCACACACUGGUGAAUUUUCUUUUUUCUCUUAAGGUUUUGUGAUUGAAAAUUCUUCCUUUUAAUCAUGUUUGAUUUUAAUCACCUUCAAAUAGCUGUAACUUGAUUUAACAAAACAAACACUUUUGACAGCUAUAAUGAAACCACUUACAGACCGUAUAAUGAAUGCAUGAUGAAUGCAUAUAAACAUUUUAUUUUUUGUAAUUUUACAUUUAAGCAUCAAAAUUGUAAAACAACAGCAUUUUAAAUGGUUUUAAUGGGUGAACCCUUCAGCUGAUUGUACUUAAAGCCGUUCAUUAUCAGAGUUUAUUUAAUCAGAAUUAAUUGAGAAACUAAAUCUGCCGAUUGAUAGGUGUCAAAUGUCGUACAAAUUAAUAAUGGCAUGAUGUUUUGAAUGUGGGUCUAUAUGUAAAUAUAUAUAUAU